AUGUACGCGCGCUACGCUCGCUCGUCCCGAAGCGGCAUCGGCGCCGUCGAGUCGGUCGACGUUGGCCACGGGGCCAAGGGCCACUGGAUCGGCGACAAGAACGCGCGCAACGUGCUCAUCUGGUAUCACGGUGGCGGCUUCUGCCUGCCCGCCAAUGUGGGCUACUUCAAGUUCUGGUCCCAGCUGGUCGGGUCCUCGUCGGCGGCCGGCAAGGACUUGGCCGUCUUCGCCCUGACCUACGACCUCGCACCCCACGAGCGGUACCCGACGCAGCACAGGCAGGCGGUCGAGGCCCUGCGCUACAUCCUGACGGAGACGAAGCGGCGGCCCGGCGAGGUGCUGCUCGGCGGCGACUCGGCCGGCGGCAACAUGGCCAUCGGCGUCCUGUCCCACCUCGCCCACUCGCACCCGGCCAUGGAGGAGCUCAAGGUGGCGGAGCCCCUCGCCGGGCUCGUCGUCGUAGCGCCCUGGACCUCGCUCGACGAGUCGCACGGCGAGAGCGAUAUCUACUACAAGGGCGACCUCCUGUCGCCGCGCAUCGUCCUGCCGUGGGCCCGCGCCUUUCUCGGCGACGGCGUGAGGGAUUUCUACACGGACGCCUCGGACGCGCCGUCGAGCUGGUUCGAGCCGUUUCCCGUCAAGCACGUGCUCGUGACGGCGGGCGAGAACGAGUGCCUGAUGCCCAUCGUCGAGGAUCUGUUUGCCAAGAUGAAGGCGGCCAUUCCGUCGGCCGAGCUGUUUGUCGGCGAGCGAGAGGCCCACGUGGCGCCCGUCUUCAACCUCUACGUGCGGGACAGCACGGAGACGCUGCAGGGCAAGAAGAUCAAGGCAUGGCUGCGGGAGGUGCUGUAG